CUCUCCUCUCCCUCUCGUCGGCCAGGAGGAGAACAGCAUGAGGAUCCUUUGAUGCAAGCGAGCAGGGGAAUUCUGCUUCUCCUCUGUAUUUUUGUUGUGUUGUUAGCGGCGGGAAGUGGUGAAGAGGCUGCAGCAACCGAUCCCUCCCAUCACUUUUCAGCUUAUGGAAAUGCACAGUUUUACAGGCUUUAACCAGUGACGUGAUUUCAUUGAUUACCUCCUGCUCUGUUUGCUUUUUGCUGCUUGUUCAGUUUGAUUAGUGAAGACUCAGAGAGGGUUCAGUGCACCAGAGGAAACAAAGUUUUUUCUUCCAUCUGCAACGUACCAGCCACUGUCAUUGUUUUAGGAACAGGAAAGUUCUCUGGACUCCAGGUGAUGUCGACAAGAUCAACUGAUUGGAAAGCUGCAUUUCAGAUCAUUGCAAAGUCGGCAGUUUGAUUCUUAAAGCUUCACAUCUUUUUAAUUUUGAUUCCUUCCUGAAGCCAAUCUGAGGGGUGGAUUUCUGAAACCUGCAACCAACAACAACAACAACAUUAAAAAAGAGGAUUUUAAGUGUCAGCGACCGGUUGUCACAGCACAAACUGUACAGCCCGACAGUGGAAGCUCUGGAAAAACUAAAACGCUGAGGCUACCUGAAGCCCAAACAGGAUACCUAUCACAAUAAAAGCACAGAGGAGUUUUCUGCAUUCUCUUUCACAAUUGAAGAACAGAAAACAUUUUGAAGUUUUCAGCUGAUCAUUCACCCCAGAAUGAGUCAUCAUGAUUAAAUAUUUUUGAAAACAUCUUUCAAUGUUUGUGUCCACCCGGUCCUUGGCAACUUGAAUCCUAAACUGAGCCAUGCUGUUAUCUCGGAAGAAGAAGUGACUUGUGCCUUUUUGUGACAAAAUAGAGCGCUGCCUCUUGUCUUGGCAUGCUGUUGCAUCCCACGGUGUCAGGAUUGUGCGCCAUGUUGCAGACCAUCUAUGAGACUGAGUCCUGUUUUUCCUCUGCCAGCACAGACAGCCACCACCAGCCUCUGGAGCUCCUGAGUGGCAACAGGGGCUCCAGCCCUGCCAUGCCCACCGCCGUAGUGGAGGUGAAGAGCAGCCUCCCGUCGGGGAUGCAGAGCCCAGUAGGAACAGCAAGUGAACAGAGAGGAGGAGGUGGAGAAGGUGGUGGGGGUCAAGGAGAAAGUGCAGGAGGAGGAGGAGGAGGAGGGGGAGGCCCAGUUGAUCUGCGGACAGAGCCGAGGGUGGGGUCUCUGUCCGGGGGUGCGGCGGCAGUGGACACAGCCAUGAGAGAGCAGCAGCUCCAGCAGGAACUCGUGCUCCUCAAACAGCAGCAGGAACUCCAGAAACAGCUGCUGUUUGCAGAGUUCCAGAAAAAACACGAGGUGCUCACAAGACAACACGAGGUACAGCUGCAGGAACACCUGAAGGUAGGCAGCCAGCAACAGCAGGAGCUGCUGGCAGCAAAGCGGCAGCAGGAGCUGGAGCAGAAGAGGAAACUGGAGCAACAAAGACACGAAGAGCAGGAGAAACAUCGGCUCGAGCAGCAACUGCUGCUGCUGAGGAACAAGGAGAAAGGCAAAGAGAGUGCCAUUGCCAGUACAGAGGUGAAGCUGAAGCUGCAGGAGUUUCUUCUCAAUAAGAAAGAGCCUGGUAUCGGCGGACUGAACCAUUCCUUCUCCCCAAAGUGCUGGGGAGCUCAGCACAUCUCCCUGGAGCAGGGCUCUCCUCCACAGAGUAACACCCCAGGAACUCCUCCCUCCUACAAACUGCCCCCACUGUUGGGGAACUAUGAGGGCAAAGACGACUUCCCACUCCGCAAGACAGUCUCGGAGCCUAACCUGAAGGUGCGUUCACGGUUGAAGCAGAAGGUGGCAGAGAGGAGGAGCUCUCCGCUCCUUCGCAGGAAGGAUGGAACCGUUAUCAGCACCUUUAAGAAGAGAGCCAUAGAGAUAUCAGUUUCCUCUCUGUGUAAUAGUGCUCCGGGUUCAGGUCCCAGUAGUCCCAACAGUUCCAACUCGGCUAUUGCCAAUGGCAACACAGGGUCGGUCCCCAACAUACAGACUGAGCUAAGAUCUCUCCAUCAGACACUGGGGGCUGAUGGGACAUUGAGUCCAUUGAAUCUCUACACCUCGCCCUCCUUGCCGAAUAUCUCGUUGGGCCUCCCUGCCAACACACACAUCACGCCCCCACAGGCGCUGUCCACCCAGCAAGAGGCCGAGCGUCAAGCCAUCCAAUCACUGCGAGGGGGCGGGGCUCUAACAGGAAAGUUUCUCUCCACAUCCUCUCUACCUGCAGGGGUGGGUCAUGAUGUGGAGACACCGCCCCCCAGCUCUCAUUCUGCCCAUUCCUCAUUAUUGCAACAUGUACUACUGCUGGAGCAGGCCAGACAACAGACUGCUAUGCUAGCUGUCCCCAUGUACAGCCAGUCGCCGCUGGUUACAGCAGAGAGAGGCGUGUCCAGUGGCAUGCGAGCGGUCAACAAGUUGCCUCGCCAUCGGCCAUUGGCUCGGACCCAGAGUGCACCUUUGCCCCAGUCCCCCCAGGCCCUGCAGCAGCUGGUGGUCCAGCAGCAACACCAGCACUUCCUGGAGAAACACUACAAGAUGUUAUCAAAGGGGGCGGAGCUUCCCAGGCCACCGCCCACCCACCCAGAGGAGACCGAGGAGGAGCUAACAGAGACCAAUGACAUGCAGGAGGACCAUGAAGGGGCAAGCCUUCACAGGCUUCAGAAGGAGGGGUCAGACGACAGCACGCCCUCCUCUGAGCGACUUUGUGUGCACGUGAAGGGUGAGGAGGAGCACGGGGGCAAGCAUGUGAAAGGGGAGAGCACAGAGAGUGAGUUGGAUGAAGAGGAAGAAGACGAUGACAUCAUCCAGCUGAAGGAGGGUGACGAAGAGGAGAGGGGGUGCUACACACAGGCCUUGCAGCAGAUGGGUGUGUUCCAGUCCUCGUUGCCCCACAGACCUCUGGGGAGAGCGCAGUCCUCCCCUGCAGCAACCGUCAAUCCCAUCAAACACCUCUUCACUACUGGGCUCGUAUAUGACAGUCUGAUGUUGAAGCAUCAGUGUGUAUGUGGUAAUGCUCACAUCCACCCAGAGCAUGCUGGGAGAGUGCAAAGCAUCUGGUCCAGACUGCAGGAGACAGGCCUAUUGGGCCGCUGUGAGAGGAUUCGGGGGCGUAAAGCGUCUCUGGAUGAGAUCCAGUCUGUCCAUUCAGAAUUCCACACUCUGCUGUAUGGAACCAGCCCGCUGAAUCGGCACAAACUGGACCACAAGAAGCUGUUGGGUCCAAUCAGCCAGAAGAUGUAUGCUGUUCUUCCCUGUGGAGGAAUAGGGGUGGACAGUGACACCGUGUGGAAUGAGAUGCACUCGUCAGCAGCGGUCCGCAUGGCAGUCGGCUCAGUCAUUGAGCUGGCCUUCAGAGUGGCGGCGGGGGAGCUGAAGAAUGGCUUCGCAGUGGUGCGUCCGCCUGGUCACCAUGCUGAGGAAUCCACCGCCAUGGGGUUUUGUUUCUUUAAUUCGGUAGCCAUCACUGCCAAGCUGCUGCAACAGAAACUGGGAGUGGGCAAGAUCCUCAUUGUGGAUUGGGACAUUCACCAUGGUAACGGCACCCAACAGGCCUUCUACAGUGACCCCAACGUCCUCUACAUCUCCCUCCAUCGCUACGACGAUGGAAACUUCUUUCCCGGCAGCGGAGCUCCUGAGGAGGUGGGAUCAGGUGCAGGUGUCGGUUUUAAUGUUAACAUCGCAUGGACUGGAGGAGUAGAGCCACCUAUGGGUGAUGUGGAGUACCUCACUGCCUUUAGGAGUGUAGUGAUGCCCAUCGCCCAGCAGUUCAGUCCAGAUGUGGUUCUGGUGUCGGCAGGCUUCGACGCAGUGGAGGGUCAUCAGUCUCCUCUGGGAGGAUACAAUGUUUCUGCUAAGUGUUUCGGUCAGCUGACGCAGCUGCUGAUGGGUCUGGCGGGUGGGCGCGUUGUCAUGGCGCUUGAGGGCGGUCAUGACCUCACAGCCAUAUGUGACGCAUCAGAGGCCUGUGUCUCUGCACUUCUGGGGGACCCGUGUGACUCUGUGUUUCAGUGGCCUCAGGAGCCGCCAUGUCCAAAAGCUUGGGCCUCACUGGAGAGAGUAAUAGAGAUCCAGAGUAAACACUGGCCUUGUCUCCAAAGUUUGUCUCAGACGAGUGGCCACUCGCUAUUGGACGGCCCGCUGGGCGCUCAGGGCCAGUCGGAGAAGGACGAGGCGGAAACAGUCAGCGCCAUGGCCUCCCUUAGCGUUGAUGUUGAGCAGCCUGGCUCAGAUCCCGACAACACAGAAACCAGCAGGUCCACAGAGGAGCCAAUGGAAGAAGAGCCUGUUUUGUAGGAAGAGCUCCAGCGAGAACCACACAAAAACUCCAAACUCACCUCCUUCUGGCACCUCCUCUUCCUCUUCCUCUUCCUCUUCCUCCGCAGAGUGGAAUUGUGCCAUCGUGAAGGACACCGAUUGGCUGAGGAGAACAUUUUGGAGGCAGGGGGGAAGACGGGGACUGUGAAAAACAUGGACACGUCUUUUGUACUGAUUCUUCAGCCCGAGGAGGAGCAGACGUCUUGUUGGCAUCUCCAUGGAAACCAGAGGAGGAAGAGGGUCAGCAAGGAGACACGUCUUGUAACCUGCAUACUUUACCGCCUGUACACUGCACCACUGAAUUUUCCCCCUUACACCCCUCAAUCAUUCUUCUGUCUUUCUAUUUUGUCCCUGCUCCUCUUGUUUCCGCAGCGGGACGACGACUGUGGAAAAGAUGAAUUUAAUUCCCAUCCGAAUGUCAGACACCAAGAGGACGACUUGUCUUCUUGUCUUGUCUGUCAGACUAAGCGAACAUGUGGGGUUUGGCGGGCGAAGGAGGCGUUUUAAAAUGAACCGAGGAGGAGGAACUAGGUGCCUUUUUAAAGAGAAAAAACUAAAAAAAAACGUCCAAUCAGAAACCACAAAACACCACCGCCGCAGCACCUCAGCAAACCAACCAGCCAAUCAGGACUGAAGAAACACAACGAUGCACACACUCAUACUGCAGUUGUUCCAGUGGGUCAGUUCAUUUUUCAGUCUUUGUUUCUUCAUCUGGAUGCCUUAAUUUGUUCUUAUCUCACUAUUUAUCAACCCUGAGAGAGACGGCGAGAGAGAGAAUCAUGUGAGUUGAUAUAAAUAUAUAUUCAGAAAUGUAUUGAAACUGCUAAGAAUUGUAUUUUUCUUUUAAAUCUGACAAUAUCGGUGCCAGGUACUCCUAACCUUUUUUUUUAGGGAAGAAAAGCCUCUAAAGCCAUCAUUACACACUAGAAAUCCUCAGUAAAAGUCUCUGUUGAAUAUUAAUAUAACUUUAAUAGUAAUAUUCAGUCAGACUUUUGCUGAAUCUGGUGUAAGUGUCUCAGGAUCAGGCCUGUUUUAGCAGUAUUCAUCGGUGGAAAUAUGUAAACCACCUCUCUCUCUCUCUCUCUCUCUCUCUCUCUCUCUCUCUCUCUCUCUCUCUCUCUCUCUUCCACUCAUUUUGUUUGAGUCAUGUGACCUGAGCCCCAUCCCUUCUUCCCUCAAGGGGAUUGUGGGAUUGUGGCACGUUUUUGAAACACCACAACGACCACCACGUUCCUCUUUAUUUUUUUUCCUUUUUUUUUUUUUUUUAUUGUAAUAUUUCUUCUUUGGUGUAAAUACUGUCUCCUGUCCUGUUGCCCACAGUUUCGUCACAACAGACUCAGCGUGGUCACUUUUCUAUAUCUGUACAUACAUAUAUGUAUAAAAACACAAAAUACUUUCUCUUUUUGUAUAAAAAAAAUAAUAUUCUAUAUAAAUAUAUAUAUGUAAACAGUGUUUUAUCCAAUCAGAUUGGAUUUAUGAAUAUAUUCUAUUUGGAGAUUUGAUGUUUUAAAAGUUUGGAUGUUUGACAGGAAGUAAGCACAUGGUCUGGCGUCAUCAGACCGCCACCUGUUUGUUUGUUUGUUUGUUUGUUUGUUUGUUUGUUUACAGAUGUUGAGGACGGCUGGAUAUUGUGGUCGUAGUGGUUGUUGUUGUUGUUGUUGUUGCUGUUGGAGGUGAACAGUGAGCUCCAGUUCCUCUGGCAGGACCAGGCAGGCAGUGCUGCCCUCCACAGGCAAACAGCAACAACGUCAUAAAAGGCUUUACAGGUGCAUCUCAAUAAAUUAUAAUAUCAUAGAAAAGUUUAUUUAUGUCAAUUAUUCAAUUCAAAAAGUGCUAAUAACACACUACACAGAGAAUGAAACAUUUCAUGUCUUACUUUAUUUUUUUCUAAUUAUAAUGAUUAUGGCUUACAUUUAAUGAAGACGUCUCAAAAAAAUUUGAAUAUCACAAAAGACCAAUUUUAAAAAGUAUGUUUAAUAUGGAAAUGUUGGCCUCUGAAAAGUGUCUUCAUCUAUUUGCACUCAAUACUUGGUUGGGGCUAUUUGACUUGAACUACUGGAAAUUGACUUUUCCUUGAUAUUCUAAUGUAUUGAGAUGCAGCUGUAUUAAGGUUAUGGUGGUACAUAGGUUGGUCCAGUGAUGUAUUUUUGUAGUCCGAGAGCGUUAGCUGCCACUACAUGGCUCCACAGCCUUGACUUCUCUUCUACAUAUCACAGUUCUGAAUCACCUGUAGUGACUGAGCGGCUCUAAUAUGUUACAGUAGCAAUGUUGAAAACACAAACGUGCUUCUGUGCUACUUAUAAGAUAAGAAGUGCAAAAAUAAGAAUUAUCAUUCUGAGUUUAAGCAGCGAAGAAGGUUGCCUAGCAUCCACUGAAAAUAUACAGUCAUGUAAAAAAUGAUUAGACCACC